UAAAAGCAGCACUCAGCAGGACCGUGCAGCGAGAAGGUAAAACGUGUGAAACCUUUCAAACUGGAGGUGACACGUUUAAAAAUGAAGGGGUUUAAAGCACUAAAAUCUUGGAGGAACGACCGGAGACCUUUAGUAGAGAGUAACAGCAACGACAUACAAGACGUUCCCGACCUGAUUUAUGACAAUACCCUAACUCAGAACACUUUGAACACCCAUGAGGAGCGAGGCCAGCAAAGUGAGGAACAGAUCACACCUCCGAUCACGCUUCAGGAAGCAGCUCACCUUCUAGGUGUGGCCCCUGAUGCUUUGACCUCUGAGGAUGGACCUCUUUGCUCAAUGCGUCCUGAUCUCAAUGCAGAACGGCCUGUUGUUCACCUCAUGCAAAUAUCUGUGGACCAGCACUUCCCAAAGACACCGGCCGAUGUGGACCAGAACCUCCAGCGGCACCUGUUAAAUGUGCAGGACGCUGUGCGCGAGCAGCUGGUGAGGCUGGAUCCCCGGUUGCAUUCUGAGGGGUUGAUCCAAUGCUACCAUCGUCAGAUAUUUGAACACCUUGAUGAUCUACUUCAGAACAUCAGCUCCUCCCAGAAUCACUUACUGCUGAUAAAGUGGGUCCUACAGACAUAUCUGAGUCAGGACCUGCUUGGUCAUCCUGGCCUUCAAUACACAGAUCCCAUAAAAAAAGUCGACCUCCUGCUGUUCACGCAGUGGGUAUCAAGAGCAGAGGAACAAUUUCUUAAAAAUGUGGAGACAGAGAACACACGGUUCCUGGAGAACAUUCUGCAGAAUGAGAGAAGCCACGAAGCUCAGGAUGAACUUUAUGUGGACACAAUUCAGUGCAUUGACGCCAUGCCCAGAGAAGCACUCAAAAUCAGCUCAAAACUGUCUGAUCAGGCGCAGGAGGUUUGUUUGCGAGAGCUGCUGACGUUUCUGACAAGGUACAGGGAUAAGCAGACUGACAUCCUUGCAAAGACAGCAAAAAUGAACAAACCAGAAACAAAACAGUUCUUCAAGACUUUGAACAACUGUAAAGAACUCAAGCAGCACAUCCACACAAAAGCUAUACAAACAAAAGAAUCCAGUCUCAAGGACAUCAUUACCAAAGCUGUGGCAAUGCUUGAAAACAUGGAGGCUUUUACUUUGAAACUUCUAAAGGAAAUCAUAGCUGACAUUGUGGAGAGCCACCUCAAGAAAUACUUCAAAUCGGAUAACAGGGAAUUCCUCUAUUUGAUCGAUGAAGUAAAGAGGCUUUUGUCAGAGCUGUCAGACUAUCAGGAUGUACAAACGAGAGUGAUGGACGAGGCCUACAAGCUCAUUGCUCACAUUUACUUCAAACGUCUCAUCAAAAUCAGCCAGAGAAAACUGAGGAAGUCCUGGCAUCCAGAUGUUGGACAAGAAGUCGCUAAAGAUGCUGAGCAUCUUCACAGCAUCAUCUCAUAUCUGGUUCCUGGUGUCGGUCAGUGGAACGUCAUGCUGCUGAAAGUCGGAGAGCUGUUGGACUGCAAAAGUCUCGUGGCGACGAAGAUGACAGUGGCAAGCAUGCAAAAGGAAUGUUACACGUGGAGCGAGGACCUGGAGCUCCUGCCCGCGCUGCUGCAAUGGAAGGGUCUUUCUAGAUGGGAGAUUGGGGAGGUGCAGAAUGUCCUGGAGGACCUCCCUGGCUUUCAACCCAGACCCAAAACUGCAUCUUGUUUUACCCGGUUGCUGAGCUGCUGUACAAGAGAAUCAACCGCAACAAGCUAAGAGGACAGAUCUCAAAUCUGAUGUAAAGAUUGAGAAGCAGUCAUGUUACAGAGGGUUGUUAUCAACUAGGACACAAAAGGGAUUAAGUCUGUGUACAGUAUGUCACUGAUUUCCUUUCACGUGUUGUUGUCAUGUAAGGAAAGUGGAUUUUUUAAAGUCUUGUUUCCUCAAAGUUUGCAAAACGAGAAAAUCUACACACCAUGAAUUUCAGUGCAGUGGAAAUGCUAAUAUGUUAAUCAGUGCACUGUUAGGUGAUGUGUUCUUUGUUUUAGUGGUUGUUAAAGGUGUUUAC